UAACUUCGUAAGCAUAGCGCAUUUUGGUGGAGAGCAAGCACACGCUGAUACCAAAUCAGCUAUCAGUAUUCUGUCUCUAGCAAGUGUAAUGGCGUCUCUCCGUCUUCCUACUGCCUCGCGUCCUGCGUUUAGAGUCCCCAUCACGGCAGCAUCGGCUCCUCUGUCUCUACCAGCCUUCGCGACUCAAAACUCGGUCAAAUUCACCAAGUGGGUUCGGUCUAAGUCUUUCAAUCUCGUGCUCUCAGGGGCUCUGACGGUCGGUCUCUCUCUCGCAGGAAUUGGAGUUGCAGAGGCAAAGAUUGGGGUCAACAAGCCCGAAUUGCUUCCUAAAGAGUUUAGUCCAGUCAUUGAUGUAGCUGGGUUCCUGUCUGAUGGCCAGGAGAAAAGACUUGCUCAAGAGAUAGAUGAUAUUGAAAAGGAUACUGGGUUCAAGUUGAGAGUUCUGGCCCAGAAUUACCCUGAAACACCAGGGCUGGCGAUUAAAGAUUUUUGGCAAGUGGAUGAUAGAACUAUUGUCUUUGUUGCUGACCCUACUUUUGGCAAUAUAUUGAACUUCAAUGUUGGGGCAUCUAUUGACCUGGACAUUCCUCGUAGCUUUUGGAGCAGAUUGGCAGGGAAAUACGGAAAUAUUUUUUACUGGAAAGAGAAGGGGGAAGAUGCAUCAAUUGAAGCAGCUGUAAUGGCAAUAUCUAAUUGCUUGAAAGAACCUGUAGGCCCAAAUAAUUGCUCAGAGUUCCGAAGAGGGCCACAGAUUGAGCAGUAUCCUGGUUUUUUAAGAUAAUCACACUACUAGUUCUAGACUUCGAAUGUGUACUUUCAUCAACAUUCUGAAAGGAGAAUAAGACCUCGGCUCCAAAGUUUGUCUGGAAGGAGGCUAGGGACAAAAUUACAGGCUUCAACUUUAGGCACAUCUUAGAUUUAUGCCAGCAUACAUUUGUAGCAAACUCCACCAAACAGAAUAUGUGGUGCUGGUAGGUUGUAACAAAAGGGUUUGUCAAUUUUUUAAAGUACUACUCUGUUGUUUAAUCCGCAAGAUGUCUAAAAUAUUUAAGCUUUCAAAUACUACAGAACUGUAUGGUAUUUCACAUUUAUUAUUAUUCUGCAUAAACUAGAAAUUUAAUUUUCUUGACGUCU